CCAGGAAAGCGCAUCAGACAGCAGCCGUCCAUGUGUUGCGCGCUCCAGUGUGCUUGGAAUUGCAAAGCAACUACUUGAAGAGAAAUCUCAACAGAGAGUCAACGUUUUUUUGUAGAUCUUACAGUGUUUUUUUAAGGAAAUAAUGCAGGACAGAGGCACACUUAUUAGCCCUUUCCUCAGACCGCGGUGUCUGGCGGCAGCUGCGCCGGCGGGGAAAGCGAAAUUAACUCACCCGGGGAAAGCGAUUCUGGCAGGUGGAAUUGCAGGUGGCAUUGAAAUCUGCAUCACCUUCCCCACAGAGUACGUCAAGACCCAGUUACAGCUGGAUGAGAAGGCCAAUCCUCCCAAAUACAGAGGAAUAGGUGACUGUGUGAAACAGACGGUGAAUGGUCAUGGUGUUAAAGGACUGUACAGAGGACUCAGCUCACUGCUAUAUGGAUCCAUACCCAAAUCUGCUGUCAGGUUUGGGGUGUUUGAGUUCCUCAGCAACCGUGCAAGAGAUGAGUCCGGUCGACUCGACAGCACCAGAGGCCUGCUGUGUGGGCUCGGAGCCGGAGUCAUGGAGGCUGUGUUGGUGGUUUGUCCCAUGGAAACCAUCAAGGUUAAAUUCAUUCAUGACCAGACUUCAGCCAACCCCAAAUACAAGGGCUUCUUCCAAGGGGUCAGAGAAAUCGUCAGGUCUCAAGGAUUAAGAGGGACAUACCAGGGUCUCACUGCCACCGUCCUCAAACAAGGCUCCAACCAGGCCAUCCGUUUCUUUGUGAUGACCUCUCUAAAGAACUGGUACAAAGGUGAUGACCCCAGUAAAACCAUUAACCCUCUUUUGACUGGAUUGUUUGGUGCAAUAGCUGGGGCAGCCAGUGUCUUUGGAAACACCCCACUAGAUGUCAUCAAGACCAGGAUGCAGGGUCUGGAAGCACACAAAUAUAAAAACACACUGGACUGUGCUGUAAAGAUCCUGAGAUAUGAGGGCUUGGCAGCAUUCUACAAAGGGACAGUUCCUCGGCUGGGCCGCGUGUGUCUGGAUGUGGCUAUAGUUUUCAUCAUCUAUGAGGAGGUGGUGAAGGUCCUGAAUAAGGUCUGGAAGACAGACUGAGUCACUGGACUCACACAGAGGGCGGCUUCUUGCUUCCCAGGCAUCAGACACAGAUCUGAGUUUCACAGACCUCCUCUGCAUCAUAAAACCAGCCGCUGAGGUGGUGAGACAGAGAGCUGAACUUAGAUCAGUGUCAUAUGCUAACCAGGAAGUUAAGGAGCUCAUACAAAGGGGCUACAGAGAAGAAACAAAGCCCCACAAUAGGCUCGGUGUUGCCCACAUCUGGUCAGCUAGAGUGUUUGCAGAGCUUUGCAGCUCAGUCCCAAGACAAGGCCAAGGGUUAGUUUCACAAAGUGGGAUUAUAAAGUUAGCUAAAAAACUAUGAAAAAUGAUGCUUCAUCUUAGAGAUACAUAAUUUCUAAAUGUAAGACUGAAUCUGAAUAUUAAGGUCACCAACGUAAUUCCUUUAAACAACAUUUUUUCAGAAAUGUUUUUUCAAGCUAUCUAGUUCACUUUCUUGUAAACCUGCUUUGUCAAACACCCUCCUUCAGUGAAGAACAUAAUUUCUAGUCAUUCACAGCUGUUUUACUGAUGUUUACUGUGAGUAUGCGCGUGUUGUACUUGAUUUUCUUGAGUUACUGUUGCUCUCUGUCUCCUUGUCCCUGUUAUGGUUUUAAAUCCAGAGGAACCAGACUGCAGCUGGUUGCAGUUUACAGUCACAUAAACUGCUGUAAAUUCCAUAACUAAGCCUUUAAAAGAAUAAUUUUACAUUUGUAACAUGCCAAUUAUUUUUAUACAGCGUGGAUUCUUAUUAAGUUUAAUACCAGCAUUAUAGUUUAAAUGAGAAAAGUUGGAAAUUAUGAUAUAUUUUAUUCCUGUGCCAAAUGACAAACCUGUUAUACAUUGAAUGUGUGUUCAGAAUAAGAACAUGCAAUACCAAAAAUAAUCCUAACAAGAAAAGAGCAAAUACUAUGACUUAUGUUGUACUUUAUAUAUGUAUUUAUUGAAAGUUGAAUGUUAAAUAUCCAGUUGGUUGAUAUAAUUUGCUGUAAACGUGUGCCACUUGUUAUUUAUGUGGUCAGGUCAGGUUGUAAAGGUGUUUUCAAGAUGUGAGGAAAAUAAUUUAUUGCUGUAUUUAACUGUGAGACACAAAGUAACCUCAGAGCUAAUUGUCCCCUUCAGUAGAAGCACCAAUAUUCAUCAGGUCAUAUCUGACUGUAACAACACCAGAUUCCUACCACUCAAUGGUUAUUUGUUUUCUGCUUAUGUUAAAGCAGGUUUCAUAUGUCCCCCACAUCAAUGGUUCCCAGCCCGAGGGUAGGGAUUCCUUCAACAGGUCACAAGAUUAAUUGAAAAGGAAAGAAGAGAAAUAUUCUUCUGCUAUACACAUUUAUGUUCAUUUUUACAGGAAACCCCUCUUUAGUGGAACUUCUCUCAAUUCAUAGACACUUGCAAUGAUGGGUUGCAAACAGGCACUGCUUCAUUCAUUGUAAAGGUGCCAGAUUUGGGAAUUACAAUCUGUAGUCUGUUUCCAGUGCCAUUCAAUUUUUGUGUUGCAUUCAGGGUUUGUUUUUACCUCUCACUCAUGUGCCUUUUGCUGUUGUGUUUGUUGGUAAAUGCUAUUUGAGAAACCUAAUCUAUACAUUACUGACCUAUUAAACUGUUAAAAUGAGGUAUCGGCAAUUUGAGAUAUCUGUUGUGCAGUAAUAUUAUUUUUAUAAUAAGUGAUUACAGGAACUACAUUGCCCUUUGUGUCAUAGAUUAUGAAAAGUCAGUCUGUCUGUAUUAUUGUAGUAAUUGCAUCAAAAUACUGAUGGAUUGUUUCCAGAUUUUUUAAAUAAUGUUAAUCUUUUUUUGCAUUUUUAUGUUUGACCAAACACAUGGUUUUUGUUCCUUACUGCUGAAUAGCCAAGAGAUAUUGUUAUAGCAAACUAAUGUAUUCCAAGGCUGAGUGUGUCAAUUAUGUGGUUCUUUAUGAAAGAGCUUGUGCAAUAAACACUGUCCCCUCCA